CGCAUGCGCCAUUGGGCAGCGUUAAGACAGCCAGUCACCGCUGUGGUCCACGGUGGUGUGAGGCAAGGAGAGCUAAGGGAAGCGGGGGACGAUGGCACUGGAGAAGUGUCAAACUGAAUGGGACGAAAUCGAGAAAGAAUAUCAGCAAUUACAGGAAACGCAUAAGGUGUACCGACAGAAGCUGGAUGAACUUACCAGUCUCCAGGCGAUAUGCAGCAGUGCCAUUAGCAAGCAGAGGAAAGGCCUUAAGGACCUCAAGCACAGUUUGCACAAAUGCGCUUUGACAUCUGAUGAGAAACAAUCUGAACAGCUAAAGGACAUAGAAAGCCAAAUCAAAGACAAACAACAUGUCUUCUUUGAUAUGGAAGCAUAUUUGCCAAAGAAGAAUGGAUUGUACUUAAAUUUGGUCUUGGGAAAUGUGAAUGUAACUCUUCUCAGCAAUCAGGCUAAGUUUGCCUAUAAAGAUGAAUAUGAGAAGUUCAAACUUUACCUGACUAUUAUUCUGAUGUUUGGUGCCAUGGCCUGUCUCUUCUUUUUCAACUAUCGUGUCACAGAUGAAAUCUUCAAUUUUUUACUUGUUUGGUAUUAUUGCACACUGACGAUAAGGGAGAGUAUUCUGAUGAGUAAUGGGUCACGAAUCAAAGGAUGGUGGGUGUUACAUCACUAUGUCUCUACCUUCCUGUCGGGGGUCAUGUUGACCUGGCCAGAGGGAUCAAUGUAUCAGAUGUUCCGAAGUCAGUUCCUGGCUUUCUCUAUCUAUCAGAGUUUUUUACAGUUUCUUCAGUACUACUACCAGAGUGGCUGUCUGUAUCGGCUGCGGGCUUUAGGGGAGAGGAACCAGCUGGACUUGACCGUGGAGGGCUUCCAGUCGUGGAUGUGGAGAGGACUCACCUUCUUGCUCCCCUUCCUCUUCUUUGGCCAUUUUUGGCAGUUGUACAACGCAAUUACCCUAUUUACGCUGGCAAACCAUGAGGACUGCAAGGAAUGGCAGGUGUUCAUGCUGGGCCUGACAUUCAUGGUGCUGUUCCUGGGGAACUUUCUCACGACGCUCAAAGUGGUCCACCAGAAGAUCCAGAAGAACAAAGAGAAGCUGCAGAAGGCAGAAUGAGGCGGAUGAAGAUGUGGGGUCGGUGUUUGGGGAGGAGGCUGUUGAUGGAGGAGGAUGAAGAUGUGGGGUCGGUGUUUGGGGAGGAGGCUGUUGAUGGAGGAGGAUGAAGAUGUGGGGUCGGUGUUUGGGGGGGGGGGCUGGUGAGGAACGCUGGGAGAGCAAGCAGAGUGGCCAGUACAGAAACAAAACCGAGUGGUCAUCGCACCCUGACGCACACAAUUCAUUCAAGACUUUAGGGGAAAGGGAGUGGGGGUUGUGAAGAGGGGCAUUGUGGGGUACGGGGGCUCAGUAGGGACACUAAGUCCGCAGGUCUCAAGGCAGCUGUGCUUUUCUGUGGUUUCUUUUUUUGUUUGUUUGUUGGUUUGUUUUCCUCAUCUGGUUUACUUGUUUACAUGCAAUGAAAACACUAAGCGGGUCGGUUCGUGGUUGUGGUUCUUGUGUAGGCAGAUGCUGCUGUGUGGAGUAGGUCCGGUACUGUCCAGGGGACGUCCAGUUCUGAUGGGAAAUUGGAUGGGACAACUAAGUGUAUGCAUUCAGGAGUUUGUGGUCUGUGUGUGUGUGUUGUUUUCCAUUUUGCGCACGGACACUUCAUGGGAGCUCACCUCAACUCCGAGGGAAGAAGAUGGAAGAUGGAGGCUGGUGGUGAUGUUCACGGUUGAGAAGAGCCAGAGUUGUAGAAGAAGCAACAUUGUAGAGAUCUUCUAAAGGGAAAACCCUGAAGAUCGUUUCUUUCUAUCGUUUCUUUACACUGCUGCUUUUGAGAGGUCCAGAGAGAGAGAGAGAGAGAGAGAGAGUGAGUCUAAGACCUAUAAGUGCAGACACACACAACUACAUGGCGAACAGCACAAAAUCUCUUGUUACACUAAUACAGUUUACACUCUGGACCUGCCAUUGAUGCUGCCCCUUCCGCAAGUAAUGCAGAAAUGCAAGAUUAAGUCAAAUUGACUAAAACAAUCGCAAUUGAGUUUGAUUGAUUGUGAAAUUUACUGCAGGCCUCUCUUCAGUCUGCCUCCCUUCUGUUCUGGGCUGCUUUAAUGUGAUGUAACCACGUACUGUGAAACCAUGUUUUGCUGCUUGCACAGCUACUGUAAUGGUUUAGGACAGCUGGAGGUGUCUGUCACUAAGCGCUUUGUAACUUCAAGUAACGACUGUUGGCCAUGUCCAAGUAGUGUUGAUGGUACAGACAAAAUGGUGAUGAUUAUGAUGAUGAAAAUGUGACAGGGUAGCAGCCCUUCGUGGAGCUAGGUGGAC